GGGAGAGAGAACCCCCCCCCCACAACCCGGCGCUGUGGCACAGUCCGCGCUCGCUCACGUGGGCGCCGCUUCGCGCCACUUUCAGUCUCCGCGCCGCGCGGGUGGAGAGAGAGGGAGCGCGAGCGUGAGUUUCAGUUUGAGUUUGAGUGAGGGAGCGCGAGGAGAGUGAGGGAGCGCCCGACCGGAGAAGGUCCAGGAGAGGGAGCGUCCAGUCCGGGCCGGGCCGGGGGUAGAAGGUCCCGGCGUCAGGAGCGGCCAACAGCAUCAGCCAUGGCGCCCAGAGAUUACCAGAGCGAGAAGGAGAAAUGCAUCAAGUUCCUGCAGGAGUUCUACACCGAUAAUGAAUUUGGGAAGAAGCAAUUCAAAUAUGUCGACCAAUUGGUGCAAGUUGCCCACCGCGAGCAGGUGGCUCUCUACAUCGACCUGGACGAUAUCGCGGAGGAGGACCCCGAGCUGGUCGACUCCAUCUGUGACAACACUUGCCGUUACGUCAACCUCUUCGCCGAUGCCGUGCAGGACUUACUGCCCCAGCACAAGGAGAAGGAGGUGGUGAGUAAGGACGCCCUGGAUGUCUACAUCGAGCAUCGGCUGAUGAUGGAGCAGAGGACCCGCGACCCCAAUGAAGUCCACGACGCGCGCAACCAGUACCCAGCGGAGCUGCUGCGGCGAUUCGAGGUUUACUUCAAGCAUUCCAGCACGAUGAAGCCCAAGGUGGUGAGGGACGUGAAGGCGGACAGCAUUGGCAAGCUGGUGACUGUGCGGGGCAUUGUCACCCGGGUGACCGAGGUCAAGCCCAUGAUGGUGGUGGCCACCUACACGUGCGACCAGUGCGGAGCCGAGACCUACCAGCCGAUUCAAUCUCCCACCUUCAUGCCGCUGAUCAUGUGUCCCAGCCGCGAAUGUCAAACCAACAAAUCGGGCGGAAGGCUUUACCUGCAGUCCCGAGGCUCCAAGUUCAUCAAGUUCCAGGAGAUUAAGAUCCAGGAACACAGCGACCAGGUGCCAGUGGGGAACAUCCCCCGCAGUCUGACCGUGUACUCCAGAGGGGAAAACACCAGGCUGGCUCAGCCCGGCGACCACGUCAGCAUCACCGGCAUCUUCCUGCCUUUGUUGAAAGCGGGCUUCCGGCAAGUAGUGCAGGGUCUGCUCUCCGAGACGUACUUGGAAGCUCACAAGAUCAGUCAGAUGAAUAAAACAGAUGAGGACGAGUUGGGAACACAGGAGCUGAGUGAGGAAGAGCUGCGUCAAAUCACGGAGGAUGACUUCUACGAGAAGCUGGCAGCUUCAAUUGCCCCCGAGAUCUACGGCCACGAGGAUGUGAAGAAGGUGCUGCUCCUACUCCUGGUCGGGGGGGUGAACCAGUCUCCGAAAGGGAUGAAGAUCAGAGGAAACAUCAACAUCUGCCUGAUGGGAGAUCCCGGUGUGGCCAAGUCCCAGCUGCUCUGCUACAUUGACCGGCUCGCUCCAAGGAGUCAGUACACGACGGGCCGCGGUUCCUCGGGCGUGGGCCUGACGGCGGCUGUGAUGAAGGACACGGUGACGGGUGAGAUGAUUCUGGAGGGUGGCGCGCUGGUGCUGGCCGACCAGGGCAUCUGCUGCAUCGAUGAGUUCGACAAGAUGAUGGACACUGACAGGACUGCCAUCCAUGAGGUGAUGGAGCAACAGACCAUCUCCAUCGCAAAGGCCGGCAUCAUGACCACGCUGAACGCACGCUGCUCGAUCCUGGCCGCCGCCAACCCCGCCUACGGCCGCUACAACCCCAAGAAGACCAUCGAGCAGAACAUCCAGCUUCCCGCCGCCCUGCUGUCCAGGUUCGACUUGCUCUGGCUCAUUCAGGACAAGCCCGACCGGGAGAACGACCUGAGGCUCGCUCAACACAUCACAUAUGUCCAUCAGCACUGCAAACAGCCCCCCUCCCAGUUCAAGCCGCUCGACAUGAAGCUCAUGAGACGCUACAUCACGCUGUGCAAGAAGAAGGAGCCGGUGAUUCCCGAGUCGCUGUCUGACUACAUCACCGCCGCCUACGUGGAGAUGAGGAAGGAGUCGAGGGUCAACAAGGACACCACCUUCACCUCGGCCAGGACCCUGCUGUCCAUUCUGCGUAUCUCCAUCGCCCUGGCUCGCCUUCGCCUGGUCGAUACGGUGGAGAAGGAAGAUGUGAACGAGGCGAUGAGGCUGAUGGAGAUGUCCAAGGACUCUCUCUGUGGAAACCGCGACCAGACCACCAGGUCUCGGCGCCCAGCAGACAUGAUCUUCGCCACCAUCCGGGAGAUGGUUCCGGGAGGUGCCGGCCGUACGGUCAAAUACUCCGAGGCCGAACAGCGUUGUGUCUCCAAGGGCUUCACCCCGGCCCAGGUGGAGAAUGCACUGGAGGAGUACGAGGAGCUCAACGUCUGGCAGGUGAACCAAGCCCGCACCAAGAUCACCUUUGUCUGAGCCGCUGGUGGGUCUUGUCUCCACGCCUUGUCCCCACCCGCCCCGUUUUACAUUGGCGCACCCUGCCUCCUGCAGUCCCCAUCAGUGCCACGUCCCCACUCGCUUGCUCGCUCCUUCUUCAGCUGUCGUAAAGGUUUCGGGAUGUUUUCGUUAAUAAAAUGUAUUUUUGCCUUUUUCCCCCCC